CGCGCAGAGCCGCCCCGCACCGCUCCGGGAAUUAUCGCCGCUGCCGCUGCCGCCCCGCGCUGCCCCUGCGGAGGGAUUGCCAGAGCGCCGAUUUGUGACCUUCCUUGGGAAGCCUCUUCUCUGCCUCCGUUGGGAAUUAAGUUGCUUUUGUUUAAUUUUUUUAAUUUUUUUUAAAUUGUUAUUAUUUUCUUCCUGGAGGAGGAGCACCGUGGAUUGGGCAAGAUUAGCAGAUUAAUCUUAAAACUUUUUUUUUUUUUUUCCUCUUUUUUUCUUUCUUUUCCUUUUGCCAUCCGAAAGAGCUGUCAGCCGCCGCCGGGCUGCACCUAGAGGUGUCGGUAGGGGGAUAACAGUCAGAGACCCUCCUGAAAGCAGGAGACGGGACAGUACCCCCUCCGGCUCUGCGGGGCGGUUGUGGCCCCUCCGUUCUUUCUCCUUCCCCGAGAGACACUCUUCCUUUCCCCCCACGAAGACACAGGGGCAGGAACGCGAGCGCUGCCCCUCCGCCAUGGGAAGCCGCUUCCUGCUGACGCUCGCCCUCCUCUCGGCGCUGCUGUGCCGAUACCAGGUUGACGGCUCCGGGGUGUUCGAGCUGAAGCUGCAGGAGUUUGUCAACAAGAAGGGGCUGCUCAGCAACCGCAACUGCUGCCGGGGCGGCGGCCCCGGAGGCGCCGGGCUGCAGCAGUGCGACUGCAAGACCUUCUUCCGCGUCUGCCUGAAGCACUACCAGGCCAGCGUCUCCCCCGAGCCUCCCUGCACCUACGGCAGCGCCAUCACCCCCGUCCUCGGCGCCAACUCCUUCAGCGUCCCCGACGGCGCGGGCGGCGCCGACCCCGCCUUCAGCAACCCCAUCCGCUUCCCCUUCGGCUUCACCUGGCCCGGCACCUUCUCGCUCAUCAUCGAGGCUCUGCACACCGACUCACCCGACGACCUCACCACAGGUACCGGGCCCAGCGCCGGACCCCUUCUCUUUGCGCUCCCUUCUCCCCGUGCUUCCCUCCCGCUGAGCAUCUUCCCGUGCUCUGCCCUCUUCGGGCUCUCUUAUCCUUCAUCUCUCCGCUCUCAUGCAGAAAACCCCGAGCGCCUCAUCAGCCGCCUGGCCACGCAGAGGCACCUGGCGGUGGGUGAGGAGUGGUCCCAGGACCUGCACAGCAGCGGCCGCACCGACCUCAAGUACUCCUACCGCUUUGUGUGUGAUGAGCACUACUACGGGGAAGGUUGCUCUGUCUUCUGCCGGCCCCGUGAUGAUGCCUUUGGUCACUUCACCUGUGGAGAGCGUGGCGAGAAAGUCUGCAACCCCGGCUGGAAGGGCCAGUACUGCACUGAGCCGAUUUGCUUGCCUGGGUGUGAUGAGCAGCACGGCUUCUGUGACAAACCUGGGGAAUGCAAGUGCAGAGUGGGUUGGCAGGGGCGAUACUGUGAUGAAUGCAUCCGAUACCCCGGCUGCCUACAUGGUACCUGUCAGCAGCCAUGGCAGUGCAACUGUCAGGAAGGCUGGGGCGGCCUUUUCUGCAACCAGGACCUGAACUACUGCACUCACCACAAGCCAUGCAAGAAUGGUGCCACAUGCACCAACACUGGUCAGGGGAGCUACACUUGUUCUUGCCGACCUGGGUACACAGGCUCCAGCUGUGAGAUUGAAAUCAACGAAUGUGAUGCCAACCCUUGCAAGAAUGGUGGAAGCUGCACUGAUCUCGAGAACAGCUAUUCCUGUACCUGCCCCCCAGGCUUCUAUGGUAAAAACUGUGAGCUGAGUGCAAUGACUUGUGCUGAUGGACCAUGCUUCAAUGGAGGGCGAUGCACUGACAACCCUGAUGGUGGAUACAGCUGCCGCUGCCCACUGGGUUAUUCUGGGUUCAACUGUGAAAAGAAAAUCGAUUACUGCAGUUCCAGCCCUUGUGCUAAUGGAGCCCAGUGCGUUGAUCUGGGGAACUCCUACAUAUGCCAGUGCCAGGCUGGCUUCACUGGCAGGCACUGUGACGACAACGUGGACGAUUGCGCCUCCUUCCCCUGUGUCAAUGGAGGGACCUGUCAGGAUGGGGUCAACGACUACUCCUGCACCUGCCCCCCGGGAUACAACGGGAAGAACUGCAGCACGCCGGUGAGCAGAUGCGAGCACAACCCCUGCCACAACGGGGCCACCUGCCAUGAGAGAAGCAACCGCUACGUGUGCGAGUGCGCUCGGGGCUACGGCGGCCUCAACUGCCAGUUCUUGCUCCCCGAGCCGCCUCAGGGACCGGUCAUCGUCGACUUCACCGAGAAGUACACGGAGGGCCAGAACAGCCAGUUCCCCUGGAUCGCAGUGUGCGCCGGGAUUAUUCUGGUCCUCAUGCUGCUGCUGGGCUGCGCCGCCAUCGUUGUCUGCGUCAGGCUGAAGGUGCAGAAGAGGCACCACCAGCCCGAGGCCUGCAGGAGCGAAACGGAGACCAUGAACAACCUGGCGAACUGCCAGCGCGAGAAGGACAUCUCCAUAAGCGUCAUCGGUGCCACUCAGAUUAAAAACACAAAUAAGAAAGUGGACUUUCACAGCGACAACUCCGAUAAAAAUGGCUACAAAGUUAGAUACCCAUCAGUGGAUUACAAUUUGGUGCAUGAACUCAAGAAUGAGGACUCUGUGAAAGAGGAGCAUGGCAAAUGUGAAGCCAAGUGUGAAACGUAUGAUUCAGAGGCAGAAGAGAAAAGUGCAGUACAGCUAAAAAGUAGCGACACUUCUGAAAGAAAACGGCCAGAUUCAGUAUAUUCCACUUCAAAGGACACAAAGUACCAGUCGGUGUACGUCAUAUCAGAAGAGAAAGAUGAGUGCAUCAUAGCAACUGAGGUGUAAAACAGACGUGAUAUGGCAAAGCUUUUGUUCAGAACAAUUUCAAAGGAGACGUGCCCCAAUGAAUGCUGCUGAAAGAGGAAUGAGAGCUAGAUUCCUUCACUGACUGCUGCUGAGAAACUAAAUUCAGGCUUGAGCUGGUUCUCUACUGAAGUUAGCAAAGUGACUGCAAAAUAGAGAAACAAGAUGGACACCAGGCAAGGGUCUGUGUUCAAGGAUUACUGUUGCACUGCCUUUUAUGAAUUUUAUCAUUGCACUAUGGUCAGUUGCUUUUCUAUAUAUAUUUAAAUGAAUGGACUUAAUUACUACAUAAGAAGCAUGCACUGCCUGAAGUGUAUAUUUUGGAUUCUUAUGAGCCAGUCUUUUCUUGAAUUAGAGACAGAAACACUGCCUUUAUUGUCUUUUUUGAUACUAAAAUGUGUUUUUACUAGGUGAGAAAAAGUGUGUUAUUUUUUUGAAUCUGUAAAAAUAUUUUCAUGAUAAUUGUAAAGCUUGAGUAUUUUGUGAUGUUCAUUUUUUUAUAAUUUAAAUUUUUUGGUAAAUAUGUACAAAGGCACUUCGGGUCUAUGUGACUAUAUUUUUUGUAUAUAAAUGUAUUUAUGGAAUA